AUGAAGGAAUCACUCAGCGUACAGGAGAGGAGGCAUUUUGAUGUGGAAUCUCAUCAAUCGCCCACAAUUUCUGUAAUUGAAUUUUCACCUGUUGCGAGCCAGAUGCAUCAUAAUAAAACAGCUACGCAACAUCUGCAUUCCAAUUUUCAUAACCAAAAUCAACCCCUUAUUAGAAGUGCCUCCCCAAAAGAAUCUCUACUCUUUAAACUUCCUCCUUCUCCCCCUCCUCCUCUCCCACCCCCUCCUUCCCCCCCAUUUUUCUUUCUCAAUCAGGAAAACCUUUCUGCUCCUUUUCCUUCAACCUCUCCUCUUCCUCUUCCUCCUGCUCUUCCUGGCUAUCCCAUUCCUUCUUCAUCACUAUCACAAUAUAGGCAUGAAAUAUUAUCUAACAUCCAACUCCAAAAUGAGCAAGAUCUAGGAACUACAUGUUUUAAUGUUCAUAUUCAUGCUCAGGAUCAGCUGUGCAUAGACCAAGAACAUUGUCAAUACAGAGAACGUGGUCAAGGAUUAGAAGUAUGUAAGUGA